UAAAUAGUUUAUGAGAGAAAGAUCUAAGUGAAAGUUCCUGACUAUAGCAACUACUAGAUGCGCAAAAUCCCUUGUUGGCUGAUCAAGUAGUGUGCUUUCUGGAGGCUUCAAUGAAGGUCAUUCUGAUUGGUCCAGUUCAAGCCAAUCGGCUACAGGCGGCAUAGCACCAAUCUUCUCCGGGCUGCUCCAGACAGAGCUAGCUUCGAUGGCUGCUAUGGACGGGCCACGGUAACAAUCACAAACUGUCACAUGAAGUUCAAGUGUUUGUCUCUUUGAUUUCAAUUGGCGACCUGAGAUGGAACAGAGGAAGCGUAAUAAGCAGUGUAGUGUAUGUGGAGAUAUGGCUAUGGGCUAUAACUUCGGUGCCGUGGCUUGCGAGUCGUGCAAAGCAUUUUUCAGACGGACCGCUCGUAAGAACAAGCCCAGCGUUUGUUUGUUCAAUGAAGAAUGCGUAAUCGGGGUUACGACGCGUCGAUUCUGCUCCCAUUGCAGAUUAAAGAAGUGUUUCAGUGUCGGCAUGAAAACGUGCCUAAUUCUGGACGAAAAAGCCAAACGUGAACGUCAUGAAAAGAUUUCGCGUAACCGGCUAACGCGUUCUUUUCCGAGGUCCCGGUCACUAAUGCAGAGGGACCCAGUACUUGCCCUCUCAAGUCGACAUUUUACGUCGACUUUGCAAAGCACUGACAGAAUGUGUGGCAGCGAAGCUGGUGGGAUAGCACCAACUCCGAGUCUCACCAUAUCUCCGAGCACACAAGUAUCAGUCACUCAGCCUGCGUGUACGAUGUACACAAGCGAUCAGUGGCCUUCGUUUAUGGAUCUUCCAGUUGGUGCUGGUCAAGAUUCCUCGCAAAUGUCGGAGUUGAACACCUCAGCCCAUUGUCGAAAUGGCCUGCUUAGUAGCUCUCCAUACUCCUGCAAUUCGACGGAGUUCACGGCUGCACGUCCUUUGGAUGGCGUGGAUACCGAUUCUUCCGCGUUCGCUCGCACGGAUUACCCUCAUUGCAUUAGUAGCGCAUCCUCCCACUCUCAUCGACACCCGAAUCACCGAUUUCACAGCACUCACAAUCCGAAUGAUGAUGAUAUGGCUCGACUUUUGUCUCACUAUCAGUGGACCGCGAUUAACGACCUGAGGAAUGCGUAUGAGACGAACUUCGUGCAAGACGAGUCCUGUUCCAACUUAAAACGCCCAGACCUGACGUUGAGCAGUCUCGUUAACACCUCUCGUUUCCUAGUUCGCCGUCUAAUCAACUUCGCAAAAACGUUAACGGAUUUUUCUCAGUUGAAACAAGAUUGCCAAAUAAGCUUACUCAAGGGAGUCGUGCUGAGUACUUUGUUUCUAUUAUCCGCCAGACACUAUGACGUUGAAAAGGAUGUUUGGUUAACUCCGAAAGGCGAAGUUUCCACUCAAAUUUUGAAGAUCGCCACGGGAAUUGACAAGUUCUACGAAGAACAUACUAAAUACUGCAGGGACUUCAAUGACCUAGUUGCACAAGACCCAAAUCUAGUAGCGUUGAUGCAGACGCUAUGUCUCUUUACUCCGGAUCGUCCAGCGCUCGAUGCCCGCCAAAUGGUAGCAAAAAAAUGCGGGCUGCGUCUUAGACACAUAUGGUAGCCUCAUUACAUAUGUCAGUUUCGCUCCCAUUUCUGACCGUAGUGUUUUAGGGAAAUAGCAAAAAAUGCAGAACCGUGUUCAA